AGUCUGGGGAACUGGAGCCUGCACUGCGGCUGUAGGGAGAACAGCACCAGCCUACCACCAGUAGUCCCUCUCGAUGGAAGUCCUGGACGAGUUUGACAACGAAUUCCCCCAGAGUGUGACCUUCUGCCAACUCAUCUCCGAGGAGGACUUCGAGAGGCAAGCUGCUACCUACACGCAGCGCUCGCUGCGCCGCCUCUUCCGUUCCUUGGACCGCAAUCCAGCGCUGGCGGAGAGGGUCGUUCGCAAGGGCAAGCAGACUGAGAUGGAACAGCGUGGACUCCUCUCCGGCCUCUGGGCGAAGUUUGUCUGUGCUGUCCAGGGGGAACUGAACCAGUGCAACAGCAUGGGUGCCCUGGAGAUGCAUCAGCGCCUGGAGCAGCUGAAGUGGCGCAUCCACCAUGUACACCUGUAUUCCCGGGAUGCCAAGAAGAGGAGGAGGAGGAGGCUGAAACCAAAGAGAACAGCAGAUCCUGUCAUCUUCCGAGACCGGUCAACCUCCCCAUGCCUGCCACCAGCUCCAUUACCACCACCAUUGCCGCCGCCACCGCUACCUGUCACCACCAUGGCCUCUGUAGUGGCUGCAUCACCUCCUGUCUAUACUAUGCCCAGGGUCUUUGGCCCUUUUCCUCCACUGUCUGGCAAGCCGAUGGAGAAACUGGAUAUUUCAAGGUCUGAAGUGAAAUUAAACUGGAACAGUCUUUCGUCAACUUCUAAGAGCCACAUGGUCGACCUGACCCCCUUGGUCCUCAACCCUGGAGGCUUCCAUUUCUCCUAUUUGUCAGGAAACAAUGCACACAAGCUGCAUUGCCCUGGCUUCCCCUGGACAGCAGCAUCCUGUAGUGAGCCCUCCAGUACCGACGAGACUCCAUCGCCUGUUGUGAAAGCUUCCAUCUUUACUCCGCCUGUCCUACUCAAGUUCCAGCCUGUGCCCAGACCUAAAGACGAUUCAGAGACGUUCCAGCCUGUGCCGAGACCUAAAGACGAUUCAGAGACAUUCCAGCCUAUGCCCAGACCUAAAGAUGCUUCAGAGACAUUCCAGCCUAUGCCCAGAACUAAAGACGAUUCAGAGAAGUUCCAGCCUGUGCCUAGACCUAAAGAGGAUUCAGAGAAUGACCCUGGCAGUGCAGAGUCCAUUCCUGCCAAGAAGAGCGAGUAA